AUGAACAUGAACCUCAACAACCUCCCCUCCUCCUCUGGCACACCCACACCCGCCCCGCCCCCCUCCUCCUCCGCCGCCGCCUCCGCCUCCACCACCACCCCAGGCCUCAUCGGCGGCAGCGGCGGCUUCCAGCAGCACCUCCAGGCGCAACUCCAGCAGGCGCAACUCCAGCAGCACCUCCAUCAACAACAGCAACAGCAACAGCAUCAUCAUCAUCAACAACAGCAACAGCAGCAGCAGCACCCCGCCGGCAUGGGCAUCAACAUGGCCAGCAUGGCCAACAUGGGCCCCAUGGCCAGCAAUCUCGGCGCCAUGUCCAACCUUUCCGGCUUGUCGAACCUCGGCGCCCUCGCCGGCAUGGGGGGCGUGCCCGGCGCCGGCGCAUCCGUGAACCCCGCGCUGCUCGCACAGCUCCAGGCCCAACAGCAGCAGCAGCAGGCCCAGCAGCAGCAGCAGCAGCAGCACAAGGUCGGCGGCGGUAUGUUUGGACGCGGCAGCGGCGGGGGCGGGGGCGGGGGCGGCGGCGGCAUUGGGAUGGGCAUGCAGGGCCUCGGGAUGCAAGGUCUCGGGAUGCAGGGCCUCGGGAUGGCCAUCCAGGCUCUCGGCGGACAGCAGCAGCACCCACAACAGCAGCAGCACCCACAACAGCAGCAGCACCCACAACAUCAACAACAGCAGCACCCACAACAUCAACAUCAACAUCAACAUCAGCACCAGCAGCAUCAACAACAUCAACAACAGCAGCAGCAGCAGCACCAACAGCAGCAGCAGAUGGCGCUGAACCCCGCGAUGCUGCUACAGCAGGCUCAAAGCGGCGGCGCGACUUCCGCCUCCGCGUCCGCAUCCGUAUCGCCAUCGAAUAACGGUACCGGCGGCGGCACCGGCGGUGGCGGUGGCGGUGGCGGGAUGAACAUCGGCAUGAACGGCGCAGGCGGGAGUCUCGGCUCCAACGCCAGCAGCAGCAGCAACAGCGGCGGGAACGGUGGCGUCAACCCCGCCGCGCUGGGCAUGCUCGGCGGCGGCGCCGGCGCCGGCGUCCAGGGCGCGUCUGCGACGGCGCAAGGCUUGGGUCUCGGGCAGGGACUCGGGCAGGGACUCGGGCAGGGACUGGGCGGGGGCGGGGGGCAAGGGUUCGCGGGGCUGGGGGGGCUGACGCCGGGGCAGGUGCAGCAGAUGCAGCAGAUGCAGAUGACGCCGGGGCAGAUGGCGCAGGUGCAGAUGCAGAUGGCGCAGCAGAGUCAGCAGCAGCAGGGGCAGCAGGGGCAGAGUCACCUGGGUCAGCAGAUGGCGGGGAUGGGGAUGACGCCGGCGCAGAUGCAGCAGCUCGGGCAGGCGCGGAUGAUGGCCGUGCAGCAGCAGCAGCAGCAGCAGAGGCAGUUGCAGGCGCAGGCGCAGGCUCAGGCGCAGUCGCAGUCGCAGGCGCAAGGCCAGGGCCAGGGCCAGGGACAAAAUUUCGCGCAUCAGCAGCAGCAGCAGUUUGCGCGGGACCAACAAGCGCACGGGCACGGCCAGCAGGGCGCGCAGGGCCAGCAGGGCGCAGGACAGCAGGGCGCGCAGGGGCUGCAGGGCGUGCUCGCGCAGCAGCAGGCGCAGCACGCGAUGGCCGCGCUGUACGAGCGCGAGCGCGAGCGCGCGCGCUCCGCGUCGUCCGCGUCGUCCUCGCACCACGCGCACCAUGCGCCCGCGUCCGCGUCGGCGCAGAAUCAGGCGCAUCUGGGCGGCCAGCAGCAGCAGGGGUUCCAGCAGAUGAUGCCGCCGCCGCCGAUGAGGCCGCCGUCGUCGCGCCCCGGGACGGCGCAUUCGCAGCAUUCGUCGCGUUCGCCGCCCGCCAGCGCCGGCGGCAACGUCAGCGUCAACGUCAACGCCAACGCCAACGCCAACGCGAACGUGAACGCGAACGCGAACGCACACGCGAGCGCGCACGCGAAUAUGAGCGCGAUCAUGGGCGCGAGCGGCGGCGGCGGCGGCGGCGCGGGCGGGCAGAUGCAGCGCCCGCCGAGUCGGCCGAGGACGUCGUCUGGGAUGGGCACGGGGAUGGGGAUGGGCACGGGGAUGGGGAUGCAGAUGGGGAUGGGGAUAGGGAUGGGGAUGGGCGGGAUGGGCAUCGGCGGGAUGGGGGGGAUUGGAGGUAUGGGCGGCGUGGGCGGCGUGGGCGGCAUGGGGGGCAUGGGGAUGGGGAUGGGGAUGGGGAUGGGGAUGGGGAUAGCGAAGCCGCCGACGCCGGUGCAGACGUCGGGCUCGUCGCCGUUUGGAAGCGGCGGCAGUGGCGGGGGGUUCGGCACGCCGAAUCCGGGCUCCGUGUCGCCUGGGCGGAAGCGCAAGCUGACGGGCGGCGGGCUCGUCGGUGUUGGCAUCGGAGGAGUCGGGGCAGCAGCGGGAGCGGGAGGGCAAGCGAUGGCGGUGGACGAGUUUGGCGCGAACGGCGUGGGUAUCAACGGCGUUGGCGUCGGCGUCGGCGCGGGCGGGAUGGACGGGGCGCUGCUGGGCGGCGCGGGCGGGGGAAUGAUGGGCCCGCCGCACGUCGUGCCGAGCAGGAUGGGGAUGCCGGUCGGGACGGGGAUGGGGGCCGGGAUGCAAGGCCACGGGGCGGACGUGCCGCUGCCGCUGCCGAUGUCGAUGUCGAUGGCGAUGCCGUUGGCGAUGCAGAGCCCGAUCGCGAUGCAGGGCCCGAUGGGCGCGCCUGGGACGCCGCAGAUGGGAGGCAUGGGCGGCAUGGGCGCGGGGUUGGGAGGCAUGGGUAGUGUCGGGAUGGGGGGCAUCGGGAUGGGAGGGAUGGGGAGCAUGGGUAUGGGGAGGCAGGCGUCGCUCCCGCCUGCGCCGUCUACACCCGCGCAGGUGCAUGCGCCAUUCGGGGGCGGACAGCAGCAGCAGCAACCGCUCACUCCGCUGCAGCAACAGCAACAGCAACAGCAGCAGCAGCAUUUACAGCAGCACCAGCAGCACCAGCACCAGCAGAGGAUGGAGAGCCCCGUGCGGCAGGCGUCGCAGCCCCCCAUCGCGCUCGGGCCGUCCAUCGGGCGGCUGUCCGCGGCCGGGCUUCCUGGUGUGGGCGUGGGCGUGGGCGUUGGCAUGGGCGUGGACCCCCGCGCGUCGGCCCUGGCGUCUGGGUCACCUGCGAUAUCCGCGAGCGGAAGCGGUGGCGGCGGCGGGCUUUCUGGCCUUGCGAACUCGAACUCGAGCUCGAGCUCCGGCGCGGGCGCGGGCGUGGCUCAGAUGGGGGCGGCGGCGGCGGCAGCGGUGGCGAGCACCGCGCACUCCUCGAACGCAGGCGCGAGCGCGGGGGCGAUCCCGCUGCCGCCCCUCCCGCCGGGCGCACGCGUGAGCAAGGCGAACACGCGGCUGACGCUCGUCGCGCCGGACGCGGUGGCGCCGCUGCGGGCGGACGAGGUGCGCGCGGUGGAGGGGUGGAUGGCGCGCGACGCGGCGUACGAGGGCGCGUUCCGCGCGAUGGAGGACCGCAUGCGGGGCGAGGCGCGGGAGGUGCGGCGCGCGGGGCCGGCGGGCGGCGGGCGGUUCUGGUGGGAGGUGUCGGACCGCCGGGGGCGCGGCGGGAAGUUUGGGGUGGUGUAUCCCGGGCAGCAGCAGCAGCAGCAGCAGAUGCAGAUGCAGAUGCCGCAGAUGCUGGCGAUGCAGCAUGGGAAGAGGCGGAAGAGGCGGGAGGGGCUAAAGCUGCCCCGUAAAAUCCGGUCGGAGGACGCGGACAGGCCCGAGCAGCUCGUGCCGAUACGGCUCGAGUUUGACGUCGAGCAUCAUAAAAUGCGGGACACGUUCGUGUGGAAUCUGAACGACUCGGUCGUCACGCCUGAGGUCUUCGCGCAGUCGGUCGUAGACGACUACCAGCUCGCGCCGAGCUACCAUGCGGUCAUCACCAAGUCGAUCCAGGACCAGCUGAGCGACUUCAAGGCGCACACGGCCGCCGCGCUUGGCGACGAGGAAGGAAACGGCGCGCCGCGCGAGGUCGCCGUGGGUGCGGGCGAGCUGGAGGGCGAGGAGGCCAAGUGGUGGGAGGGGUGGCGGAAGCGCGUGCGGGUGGACGAGCGGAAGGGCGGGGGGCGGAAGAGGCGGAAGGUGCUCGUGGACGUGGAUAACGAUCGGGAGAUGGUGCCGGUCGGCGUGGACGAGAUCGAGGUCGACGAGGACACGUCGCCGGAGGAGAUGCGGAUCUUGAUCAAGCUCGAUAUCAUCGUCGGCCAGAUGAAGCUCGACGACCAGUUCGAGUGGGAUAUCGACAACUCGAGCGCGUCGCCGGAGAUGUUCGCCGAGGUGUAUGCGCGGGAGCUGGGCUUGGGCGGGGAGUUCAGGACGGCCAUCGCGCAUUGCAUUCGGGAGCAGGUGCAGACGUACCAAAAGUCGCUCUUCCUCGUCGGGCAUCCUUUGGAUGGCACCGCGGUCCAGGACGACGACCUGCGCAUGUCCUUCCUCCCCUCGCUCUCCUCCGCCUCGCGCUCGAUGGACCAGGUGUCCGCGUUCACGCCGCUGCUGAACUACCUCAGCGACAGCGAGAUCGACCGCAACGAGAAGGAGCGCGAGAAGGAGCUCAACCGCCGCCGCAAGCGCAACACCCGCGGCCGCCGCGGCAUCGCGCUGCCCGACCGCGAGCCCCCCAAGACGUUCCGCACGCCGGCGAUCGGGUUCCCAGAAAUGGACCCCGCCGCGCUCGCGCUCGCGCAGGCGGCCGCAGCGCCGACUUCGAGGCGCGCGGCCGCGGCCGCGGCGUCUGUGACGAUCGCGAACAUGGUCGCGUCGGAGAACGGGACGGCCGUCGUCACGCCGACGCUUCCGAUGGCGACGCCCGCGCCUGCGCCUGCGCAGCAGAAGGAGAAGAAGCCCAAGGGCCUGUUCCGGCCGCCGAAGUAUCCGGACUCCGUCAUCAACGCGCGCGCGCACGUGGUGCUGCCCACGCCGUGGACGGCGGCGGACGCGUCGAAGCUUCCGCCGCCCCUCGAGAACGACCCGCCCGUGGAGGCGGCCGCGCCGCCGGACAGCAGGGUGACGAGGGUGAUCACGGCGAAGCGCGCCAAGGAGCUCGAGCGCGAGGCGAAGGAGAAGGAGUUCGCGGACGGACAGCACGCGAAUAUGAUCGACGGCGUGUGGCACUGCUCGAACUGCGGCUGCCCCGAAGACAUCGCGAUCGGGAGGCGCAAGGGCCCGCUGGGCGACAAGUCGCAGUGCGGGAUGUGCGGCAAGUUUUGGCACAGACACCGUCGUCCCCGUCCCGUCGUAUACAAUGCCGAUCCCGAGUUCCACCUCAAUCUCCGCAACGAGAGCGAAAAGGCGAAGACGGUCGCCAAGCGCAAAGGCGGGGCCGCCGCGCUUCGCGCCGCGAACGCAUCGGCGGCGGAGCAGGAGCCCCCGUCGACGCCCGCUGCUCCGCCCCCUGAACCCGAGACGCCUGUGCGCGCACCGAAAGCGGAGAUGUGGGUCGAGGUGCCGCCACCGUCCGCGCGGUCCAACGCGGCGGCUGAGGAUGACAGACCGGUGUCGCCUGCCUCGUCUGGCAGCUCGAGCGCCUCGGAGCCCCCGCUAGCGCAGAAGCUCAGGAUGAACGGACACGGCGGUAACAGCAAGGAACAGGCCGACUUGUUGCCACCCCCUCCCGCGCCCGAGCCAGCGUCGACAGCAAAUACAGUCAGUGUCUCUGCUCCCUCGGUUGUCGAAGGCUCAUCCUCUCCGCACCUCGCAGCAGUGGCACAGGCACAGCCGCCGACGUGGCUAGUUGACGCGAUGAAAAACACGAAAACGGAGUAUCCGGACGACAGGGUCGAGCUCAUCUUGCGCACUGUGAAUUCGGUGGCGGAGUGGAGGGUCCGGUGUCUCGAUUGCCCUGGCAAGAUGUAUAAACCAGGGCCGGGCGAGUCGCUCUCCAACUUUGACGUCCAUCUCAAGAAUCGCAGCCAUCGCGGGAAAGUCAGCGAGAGGUUAGAGCGCGCGACAGCUAAAACGGCCGUGGUAGUCGAACGCCCCGGGCCGGCCGCAACUGCCGCGGAUAUGCCUGCUGAUGCCGCUGUCGUUGCGGCUGGGGCCGGGCAGUCGUCGUAGAGCUCUCCCAGCGGCGCGCGCGCGGUCAGUCACUUAUCAUUAAUCGACGAUCGUUGUGUGGCCCUUCUCCUAUAUACAUCCCCUAUAUGCACUGCCACUGCUGUUUCCGUUUCUCUUUUUCUCUUUCCCCCCCUUCCUCUGUUUCCCCCUGCCUGUUUCUGUCUCCGAGUCCUCGACUCGAAUUUCCUAUUUUUUUCAAUCUCUCAUGUCUCCUGCCCGUCCUGUGCGGUUGUUGUUGGAUUUGACGCCGAGCGUGCGCGUGCGCGCGUAUAUCAUGUACAUAUGUGCUUGUUUUUUGUUUUUCUAUAACUUUGUUCAUACGCCG